CUCUUUGCUGAUACUCAAUCCUCUCCUAAAACGGUGUGCUGCUCGAGCCAUUGAUGCUUCCAUUGACUUUCUUGUUUAAAAAUUCUUUGACAGCUUCCUUCCGAAGCUUGUUUUGUAUUAACCCUUUGAAUAGGAAAUGUUCUAGCAGUAAAAAACUUAGAUCUGAAAAUGGGGGUUUCCCCCUUUUGUUCAAGUUCUUGUUGGUCAAACCACUCUAGGAAGAAGAUGGGUCAUCUUCUUCGAUUGAGCGCACAUUUUCUCAUCUAUUCGGAAGCUGUUCAUUGUUUUUCCUCACACCCAGAUCGAGUUCUUGGCAGAAAUUGAGCUUGUUAGAGCUACAAAUCCUUGUUGUAACAUAGAGUGAUGGUGGAGGAAGAGAAACUCAAAGUAUCUGCUGAAGAUUUGGAAGAAGAUGAGCCACAGGGAGAGUCUGGGGGCUGUAUUGGCAUGGCUCUGUACUGGUUCAAAGUACUUGUUGCUGAAAUGCAUUGGAGUUUUGUGCUAGGAGUAGUGAUUGUUUAUGGAAUUAGUCAGGGAUUGGGCGGUGCGCUUAACCGUGUGGCAACCAAGUAUUAUAUGAAGGAUGUUCAGAAAGUGCAGCCAUCUGGAGCACAGUUCUAUUCAGGGAUUACCUCAAUUCCUUGGAUGGUUAAGCCUAUAUGGGGCCUUUUCACUGAUUUGGUGCCCAUUUUUGGAUAUCACAGGCGGCCAUACUUCGUUUUUGCAGGUAAAAAUCAAUACCUUCUGUCUUGUUCAAUAAUAUGCUAGAUAUGAAUAUCAGGUUCUUCACUUUGGUUUAAAUUGUUUGAAUAUCAGAUCUCUAAGAACAACAUUGGAAGUCACUUUCUUGUGUAAGGAAACCUUU